AUGUCUCGCAUCCCAACCUCCACCUCCGUCCUCGAGUCGGCCGUCAUCGAGGCGCCCUUCACCGACGUCUGGCACCUCAUCAAGCUCCAGGACUUUGCCAAGUUCAACACUGCUCUCAAGAAGAGCGAAUGGGUCAAAGGCGUGUUCCCCGACACUGACAUCGUCAAGUGGACCUUCAAGGAUGGAACCGUCCUCGAAGUCAAGCAGGAGGAGCACUCGACCAUCGACCACUACAUCACCUACAGCGUCAUCUCGUCAACCCCCGCUCUUAGCUAUACGUCCGUCGUGAGCACUGUGAGAGCCUACCCCGUUACCUCGGGCGACCACAAGGGCCAUACCUUCGUCACCUGGAGCGGCAAUUUCUCAAGCGAUGCUGAUGCCGGCAAGUUUACCCUGUACUCAUCUUCGAGAAUUUGGAACUGA